UUCAAACAUGUUUUUUUUAUAUUUACAAAAAACAAGUGAGGUUGGCAGAUUCAAGCAAGCGCCCUUAAAUCAAUAUUUACCCAUUACGACGUGCUUAAGGUCUAAUGAGAAAAGGACUUGAUUACGAGUGUCAUUUAUUGAAAAUCUUUAUGGGUCGUUUAACCGCGAGAUACGCUUAUGUGAAAGGGGCGUCAAAUCUAACAUUGUUAAUUUGUGAGAGUGGGGGGUGUUAUCUUUUUACUUUUAAGUGCAGUAUUCUGUGCUUUUUAACUAGCCUGGAUGUCGCCUACUUCUAUGAAGUUCGCUGAACGUCAAUAAGACAUUAGAGAGGGACUUUCAUGUUUAAAUGCUUCAUACUGUGAGAAAUUAUUUUUCUGUAAAUCAAAAGUAUAACUGAUUUGUUGUAAGGACACUUUAUGAAACGCAUGUUUGAGUUCUCAUAAUUUUACGGAUCAGCGCAACUUUAAAAUUAAGAUUUUUAACGUUUAAGGCAGGGAAGUGAGAACUAUAAUGUCAAUAUGGGAUUGACUUUUGGCGUAAAUUUUUCCAGUUGUGAGUCAUAAAAUUAUUUAUUGGUAUUGUUUACACUACGGCUGUUAGAUGUUUCUUCAAUCAGAUUUAAAGCAGCUUGUGUAUUUAAAACCAUGUAUAUAAAUUUCUAAAUUUGAUUUUUAGAUAUAACAACAGAAACUUCAAUGGUAGACUCAUCUAGUUCUUCUGGAAGCGAAACUAAAUUCAGUAAGGUGCAAACAAAACAACUACUUUGUAUUCAAUACCCAGGCUUUAUUAAAAAUGUCGACAAGAUGUUGGAAACGAUCGGUGGGGAAGAAAAACUAUCGAAAACUUAUUACAGUACAAAGUGUCGCCUACAGUUGACAUACCGUCCUGAAGAUUUGAACUCUCACCACGUGUGCGGCGACCUGAUCCCAUGUACCGGUGUGUUAAUGAAAGUCCGACGCAGGAAGAAGCCGGGUACUGAUGAGUACGAGUUUCAACAAGAGAUUGUUGGUGUGGUAAAGGAAAGAUACGAAUUCAAAACGCUAAUGGACUACCAAUAUCUUACUCCUAAGCCGAUGUGGAACUAUUACAAAUCGUUACAUGGGUGCGAGUUGGGUCAGCAGAAUUUCCCUCCUUACCUAGCCCCGCCUACGUUUGGUCGCAUUGACACUUGCGGUUCGUACAACUACCGCCCUGAUCCCCUCGGUAUCAGCACACAAUCACUAACAGGAAAUAUUACUGAAGAUUUUCGGAACAAUACUGACGAAGGGACGGGCUAUGCAAGAAAGCGUCGUCAAGCGGAAUCCAUGGCAGCUUUGUUUGAUAUCAAUACAGUACCACUAGCGCCUACUAAGAACGCCUCCGUUAUGUUAGAAAAACUGAAAAACAGCCCGGAUUGUUGUGCUGUCGAUAAAGCGAAAGAGUUAUUUGAUGCGAGACCAAUUUGGUCUAAGUUAUCCGUAUCAUGUCAGUUGGAUGUUAGCAACGAACAUUUAAAGAAGAUUAUACAGUUUUACGGUUUUUAUUGGUUAAGCGGUCCUUGGCGCACGAUGUGGUGUCGAAUGGGAUACGAUCCAAGAAACGACCCAAAGGCAAAAAUAUAUCAAAUGUUAGAUUUUCGUGUACGAGAUUCGAAAGAAUCGAAGAGAAGUUAUAAAAUGUUGGUACCUCGACGUAGCUAUAAGAAUUACAUUCCAAGGAAUUUGCAAUCGCGCAACUUGUCGUUGGGAUCCUCUGUACUCGCGGUUGCUGAACAGCCGGCAGACGAUGCAAACAUCGACAAAGAACCGUAUGUUUUUUCGCCGAACAAAAUGUUGUCGUCUCGCAACAUGAUGUUUCAGCUCUGCGACAUACACGACGAAGAAGUGCAAAAAAUUAUCCAUGAAAACGACGGUCUGGAAACAUGCGAUGAGAAGGAGGGCUGGUUUCCACCUGGUACGAUGAAUCGAAUUCGUGUGGCAAUGGCAAAAACAGUGAACGCUUACUUUGAAAGAGAAAAGAAAAAGAAAAAAGAUUCAGAAUUAGCACAGAAAGAAAACGAAACUAACUUUCAAAUGGAAACUUCCUCUGGCGAUGCAGUGUCGGAAAUAUAUGAUACAGUGUCGGGAGUUGACGACACGGUGUCGGCAAUAUAUGAUUCAGUGUCGGGAAUAGACGAUUCAAUGUCGGCCAUUGAGCAAUAUCAAAACUAUAUGAUGGAAGAAGAAGAAUCGCAGUAUGGUUUUGAUGAAGAUGAAUUUGAAGACUAUUAUGAUGCUGAAUGACACUGUAACUUGUCUUAAAAAAUGAUUAAUUCGACUUUA